AUGAGGAAGCUCGGGUUCCACGAGAGGAAGCUACUGAAGAGGACCAACUUCCCCGAGUACCCGCGGGAGGGCGGCCACCGCGAGGCCGCCGUCACGCAGCGCUACAUCCUUGUCGAGAGGGACGACUACAAGAAGUACAAUGGGAUCUGCUGCAUGACGCAGAAGCUCGUGAACAUCAUAAAGCAAAUGGAUCCCAGGGACCCUUUCAGGAUCGAGAUGACGGACAUGCUGAUCGAUAAGCUGUUCAAUAUGGGUGUAAUUCCAACCAAAAAGAGCUUGGUCAAUUGCGAGAAACUUUCAGUGAGCGCCUUCUGCAGGCGUAGACUCGCAACAGUUCUGGUGAAGCUCAAGUUUGCGGAACACCUUAAAGAGGCUGUCACCUACAUCCAACAAGGGCAUGUGCGUGUAGGCCCAGAGACGGUCACAGACCCAGCCUUUCUUGUAACGAGAAACAUGCAGGACUUCAUCACCUGGGUGGAUACCUCGAAGAUCAAGAAGAAGGUCAUGGAGUAUAACGGUGCAUUGGAUGAUUAUGAUGCCAUGAUUUGA